AUGUCAACUUGUCAAUCUCAACAUGAAGUCCAUGUUGGCGGCGGCAGCGGCAGCGGCCUGCGGUUCACCCGCCCCCUCAUAUAUUCGCUCAGCCGGCCGCCGCCAUCGGCCGUGUCGCAACCUGGAACCCAUCGAGCCGCAAUUUGCGAGCUCACUCGUUCCAACCCGGCGGCCGCCUGGACCGAUGGCGCUGUCAUCAAGUGCAUGACGGCGCUGUCGGUCGACGAGACGGAGGUGGCCAAGGUGACGGUGGCGGGACAGUCCUUUAGGAACGGCGAGGAGGUCGGGGACCUCGUGGUCGAGCGGCUAGGGCCAGCGGAGCCCGUGACGGUGCAAGACAGCGAGGCGGUUCCUGUCAUGCUCGACGACGAGUAA